UGGCAUUACUUGAUCAGCAGCCGUAGGUGGGUUUCAAAUGUCGCGACAAACCAGUUUGAGUACAUUUCUUGCCAGUAUCGGACGUGGCAUAUUAUGAGGUCAACGAAAUACGAAUUGAACGAGAUUCUAAAAUUACAUAGCGUAUCCUUCCUUAGAUGAAAACAUGAUUUGUUUGCUAUGGCAUAAUGCAUAUCGACAGCCUUCACAAGCACUUGAAAGUUGACAUCUUUAUAAUAAGAAGAAACAGUGGACAAGAACAGCUGGAUGAUGGACCCUGAGGUUUCUUUGUUACUGCAUUGUGCAGCCUGGCGGGGCCUCCGGCAGUCCCAAGUACAGGUGGAGCUGUCUGAACGGUAUAACCGUCAUACGGACGCCGCUCUCCAACGUCACAUCGAGGAAGUCUGGAACGUACGGGUGUCCAAGGAGCCAUGGCUUUUCGACGGCGCCAAAUUCCGGCUGCAGUCUUUCCACAUCGACCUGCCUGCCGCUCAUGUCUCAUCCUGCACUCCAUCCCCCCAAAACCCGGACUCUACACAGGGUCAAGCGAUCGCACCGCUGCUCACUUUGAAAAUAGGCCUCACCUCUUACAAAGACUACCUGGGUACCAACUGGUCAUGCCAGGCGGCGGAGCUUCGCAGACGGGGGGAGGGCGAGUUUGGCAGCAGCUGGGCACUGCUGGCACAGCCUUUAGGAGUGGGCGGUGUUGUGUGCACUGGCGACGGGCAGGUGGUGUUCAUCAGGAGGAGCCAGCAGGUGGCUGAGGCAGGCGGGAAGCUGGACCUUCCUGGCGGGCAUCCGGAACCCAAGGUGGCAUGCGAGCGUCUCGGGGAGGAGAAGAUCGACAUGAACCUGCUAGAGAGGAAUCCGGUGGCCGUCGUCACUGAGCUUUUUUUGUCAAUUUGUGCUGAGAUUAGAGAUGAGGUUAACAUUCCCUUAAGUGCUCUCGGAGAGCCGCUGAUGAUGGGCGUGGCGUUGAAUAACAUUGGUGCUGGAAAACCAAGUGCUGCGUUCUACAUCAGUUGUUCGCUGUCAUCCGACAAAGUCCGAGAGUUGUACUGGAAAGGAGGAGCGGAGGCCAAUGAAUCUACAGACAUCGUGUUCCUCAGCAGAGCGGAGACGUUGCGCCUGAACGGAAGCAGUCCGAUGUGGUCGGAGCUGUGUCCUUCCGCCAAGGGAGCUGUGCUGCUUUUCCAGACGGUGAAGCCUGAACAGUUAGGAUCUUAUUCAAUCUGAGAUUUUUUUUUAAAAGAGCAUUCAAUCUACGAUUCCACAUUGUACAAUAAAAACCCAAUCGGCACUUUAGGGAAAAGGCAGUUUUGUUGUUAAUAUUAAUCCAGUUUGAUUGUUGAAAGCAGUGAUUGCAUAAUAUUAUCUUUCCUUUCCGGUUCUUCAUGAGUAGCCAUCAUAGCCACUGCAGUAGUACACGGUUUGGUCAUAAGGCACAUUCCACUGUGAAAAGUAAGACAACAUAAAAUCAACUCUGAUUGCUUGCUAAAUCUGGAAGUCCUGACAUAAUCUGUACUUACAUGCUGGCUCCAACACUGCAUGUUAUUCCAGCCUUAAGGGAAAGGUCAAAACGUAAUUUUACAACAUGAACAGCAUAUUAAGGGUAGAAGUACUCAACUCCUUUCAGCUGUAACAACUUUCACACUUGUCAUGAUCAAGUCCGACUUUAUGAUUUAGACUUUUAACCAAUGUUAAGCACUUGGUGAGUAUUCUCUGUAAAAAGUGGGGUAAAUUUGUAAUUUACAGCGGUACUUUGAAUAAAUUUGUUUACUAUUGUAUUGUA